AUGGACGUCAAUGAAAUGUACUGAGAGUUCAGAUAUAACGCUUUACAUGGGCAAUAUGUCCAGCUAAAAGAAGAAUACCAUAAGCUGAAAGAAGCAUACCAACAAUCUCUGGAAGCAAACCUCAAAGAAUUUCAUACCAUGAAACAAAUUCAAGAAGACAAUUUACUAUUAAAAAAACAGCUAGAAGAGGCAAAUCAAAAGUUGCAAAAAACGGCGACUAAUGAUAAAAACACUGAAAAUUUUGAUGAUUUUGCGAAAACCCUAUGCUCGAAGUGGCCAAGAAUUGUCAACUCGAUCCCAUUGUUUUCACCUCAAGGCGGGCUUUCAGAUCGAAUUGAGGACACCAGACCAUCCAGCCCUGACUUUUCUACUGAAAAGGUUCAAAGUAUAUCAGGGAAAACACCACAGGUGAACCCUGACCAAAGUGUUGCUUAUGAUAAUAUUGAGCCUUCUAUGUUUGAAGCUUUAUUUAUAGUUGGACCUUCUAAAUCACAGCUAGGAAAUGCAAUGGCAAAGCCAGAAAUCCUUUAUGAAUUUGGAGGAAGUACAAUAGGAUUGCCAAUAAGGAGGGUUAUAGCCGAUUUUUGCUUUCCUACUGGGAUAGAAUUGCGGCCUAUUAGGCACAGCGGCUCAGAAAGUGAAUUCAAUAACUUAAUUUACGGUCAAACAAACUCAGCAAAUGGUAAUAAUUGUUAUAUUUUUACAUUAAGAUCUGAAGGAAAUGUAGAUGGCUGAGUCGAAUAUACUGAUUUGCCAAACUCCAAUCGAGAAGUAAUUUUCUGCAUUUGCAUGCAGAUAGAAGACGUCGCAAUCGAAGAACUGAGUAGCGUUCUAUGAAUCGUUCCCAAAGUGCUAUGCAUAAUGAGCUAUAUCCCUAUAUUUGAGCUUCAUUUCGAAGUCCUAAAGAAUCUGGUCAUGCUGAAACGGCUAAAAAACAUGGAAAACGCAGAUAACGAUAUGAUCACACACAAGCUAAGCCAAGUGGAAAUGAGUGAAGAGCAAAUUGCUUUAAUGAAAACCUACUCAGACUGUGAAAGCGUAUACCCCAAUUUAAAGCUGGUUAUUGAUAUCCCGAGCCUAAAUAGCAUUAAUUAUUGCUGUGCGCAGGACUUAAGCUUAAUUGAUAUUGUUUGGCUUUGCACUCCGCUCUUUACUUCUUUGAAGCUUCAAGAAGUUUUAUGGCUUUUGUCAGCGCUCAUACAGGAAAAGUCAGUGGUAUUUGUGUCUUAUAAUUUGGGGCAACUGACUUCGUGCGUUUUGGGGUUGCAAGCUUUGUUGAGGCCUUUUAAGUGACCUCAUUUGCUGAUACCUUUGAUUCCAGAUUCUUUGAGAGAGCUAUUAGAAGCCCCAGUUCCAUUACUAGCGGGACUUCCAGGGACAGCUCCCGCUUCAAGAAGGAACAUGGUAAACGUAAUUUGGGUACUUUUAGAUGAGCCAAACCAAAUCAGAAGAAUUCAAGGUCCAAAACUACUUAUUCAAGAAGUGCAUGAGCCAAAUGAAUUUUAUCAAAGCAAAGAGCUAUCGAAUUUCGCUUCUGUUUUCACUCAGGAGAGAGUGCAGUUUACUCCAACUCCAGAGCAACGGAAUUCCUGCCUUGAAAUAGCGAAGUUUAUUAAAUCAUAUUGGCUGAAAAUAUUAGGGCUUAUUCAUGAAGAUCUAACCAAAAAUUUCGACGCCCUUCAGGUGCACAUAAUUGACUCGUCUCCGAAAGGUGAUCAUCUUUUCCUUAAUGGGCUCAUGCAGACUCAGAUUUUUAUUAAUUCACUAGAAGAAAAGUUUGUUUGUUUUUCUGUGUGUAUCAUUUUAUCUCCAUUUAUAUAUACAUAAAAAUGGUGACGACAGACCACCCCCGACCUCUCGACCCUAUUUCUUCAACAUCAGCAGGCAACGGCCCAGUGUCGGAGAUUUAGGUGGAAAGGGGCCGGUAAUCCUUUAUGUAUAGUCGGGCUAGGUUUUCUUCGAGCCCGAGGAGCUAAUUCUCGGACUUGGAGUUUUUCCUCCAGGACACCAUUGGAAAGGGCAAGGUCGGCCAAUGUCUGAGGGCAAUAUGACCCUCGGACCCUGAAGACGGUAUUUGCCCAACGAGAAACUGGGAGUUUCGACCCAGAUGGUUGGCCCUUAGACUCCAGAAGCCAUGGGUUGUGCGAAUCCCUUGUUUGAGGCAACAAGGAGGGUGUCCACCGAGGCUCCUCAGGGGCGAUGAGCGUGUAGGGGUGUAAAUCCCUGGCCCUGCAAGGCAAACGGCUUAAUCUAAUCUAAUCUAAUCUCCAUUUAUAUUGGCUUAACAUUUAAAAGAUAAUAUAAGUGUGUAGCAAAUAAUUACAAUAAUGCAGAAUAUACUAAAUUAUUUUGGCUAAAAUCAUUGGAUUAUUUAUGAGAAAUAAAUAUGGCUUUGCAGGCCAAAGCAUUUUUUGUCUGUGUCCAUUAGAAUAAAUUUUUCUGUCUGAUUUGUAUUAACUUUCUGAUAA